AUCCGGGUCAGCACCGAGUCCGCUCCGGGUCCUCUUGGAGUCCACUCCGGGUCCGCUUCGAGUCCACUCCGGGUCCGCUUCGAGUCCAAUCCGGAUCAGCUCGGAGUCCACUCCGGGUCAGCACCGAGUCCGCUCCGGGUCCAAUUCGGGUCAGUUCGGAGUCCAAUCCGGGUCAGCUCCGAAUCCGCUUCGGGUCCUCUUGGAGUCCACUCCAGGUCAGCUCUGAGUCCACUCCGGGUCCUCUUGGAGUCCACUCCAGUAGCUGAAAUUGUUUCUCCAAAUGCCGGAGGAGGAACGUGAUAGAGCGGAAUCCAAACUCCAGCUGCUCCAUCCUCUCCUAAAUCCUGGAACCCAACACGCCCACUUCUCGGAAGACUGUGUAUUAGCCGAAAUUGUUUCUCCAAAUGGCCGGAGGAGGAAUGUGAUAGAGCGGAACCCAAACUCCAGCUGCUCUAUCCUCUCCCAAAUCCUGGAAUCCAACACGCCUACUUCUCGGAAGACUGUGUAUGUGGGCAGGGGCCGGCUCCCCAAAGCCCAAGGACCACGAUCUGGCCUUCGAUUACUUCAGCCGCGAGCGAUGCAGAGAAAGUGGGAAGAAAAAUUGAAACGCAUUGAAAAUCAAGCCGCCCACUAUGAAAGGAAUCCACUGGGCUCGGCAUACAAACCGAGAUUGGCCAGACCAGAAGAUCCCCCCUCUAUCUGGAAGCUCUUUCAACGCCAGGCUCAGGCUUUUAACUUUGUCAAAACCUGCAGGGAGGCCGUCCACGUGUUCGCUCUUGAAGACAACCUAGGUGACGGACACCGGAUUUACCUGGUGACAACGUACUCUGAGCUCUGGCAUUACUACAAGGCCCGGAAAAAUCAGAAAUCUCUCAUGCACUGCUAUGAGGUUAUUCCCGAGAACACCGUGUGCAAACUCUACUUUGACCUGGAGUUCGAUAAAGCGGCCAAUCCGGGAAAAGAUGGGCAGAAGAUGGUGGCCCAGCUCAUAGAGCGUGUUUCCGAAGCGCUGCAGGAAUCGUUCGGGGUGUCCUGUUCAGCGGAAGACGUUUUAAACCUGGAUUCCAGCACCGCUGAGAAGUUUAGCCGCCAUUUAAUAUUUCAGCUCCGCGACGCGGCCUUCAAAGACAACAUUCACGUGGGACGCUUUGUGCAAGCGGCUUUGCGGCCUGCCCUGUCGCUCCUGGAGAAGCGGCCCCCUUCCUCCCCGGCCACGUCUGUUGGGGCUGGGGCGGCGGCGGGAAGCCCGCGGCGGGGGACGGGGGCGUCUGCAGCCGGCGAGGUGGCACUUAGCACAGCGGUUGUGGCUGCGGCGGAGGAACCACGGUCCUCGGGGCCCGGCGGGAAAGACCUUGCCCACUUCCUGGUGGAGAGCAAAGCGGGAGGCAAGCAGCUCUUCGUUGACCUGGGAGUUUAUACCAGGAACAGGAACUUCCGGCUGUAUAAAUCAUCCAAACGAGGAAAGAGCGCGACUUUGGAAGUAGCUGAAGAUAACAGAUUUUUCCCGACUCACCCGAAAAAUGUGUCUGAAGAAGAAAGAUAUUUCCUCAGUUCUCUGAUCAGCAACAUCAGGUUUUCAGAGACUUUACGAGUCCUAACCUGCGACCUCCCUGGGGAUAAGGAGCGGAAAACUCUCCACCGGAACAGUUCCGGCCCUCCAGCAGCCACAGUCGGAGGCUCUUGUGCGUCACCGUAUCCGGAACUUGACGAAUUUGUCCUUUCUCUGGUGGAUAAAGGCGGCGUGAAAGGCGGAAUUCGAUGUUGGAAUUAUUUUUUCCCCGAAGAGUUACUCGUGUACGACAUCUCCAGAUACCGCUGGUGUGCCAACAUCGGAAGAGCCCACAAAAGCAAUAAUAUCAUGAUUCUGGUGGACCUGAAAAACGAGAUUUGGUAUCAAAAGUGCCACGAUCCCGCGUGCAGAGCGGAGAACUUCAAGUCCGAAGGUUCCCCGUUGCCCCCCGACGUCUGCCUCCCAUUCCUGUUCCGAGAGGAAGAGGAAGAUGCCGGGUUAACCCUGGCGGAGAGAUGGCAGCCCGGAGGGAGGGCGGCGUCGCCCGCCGCGGACUGGGACGUGAGCGACGAGGCGUCCCUGUUGGAAGCCACCGACGACGCCGAGUUGGCCGCGGCGGCCGAGAGCAGCUCGCCCCCGCCAGCCUGCCACGCCGGAGCGGGAGAACUCCCCGACGCUGUCCUGGUAGCGGCCCUGCAGGAGCAUGAGGAGGCUCAGGCCCGCUAGCCACCCGGCCACAAACGGGCCACGAUAAAGCCUGGAGGCGCCCAGAUUCGCCCCCCGCUCACGGCCAGGGGAAGAGGAGUCACCCCCAACUGCCUGCCCUUCAGGGGAAUGGGCGAUCCCUGACCCACUUAUUGAGCUCCGACUGGCCAGAAAAGGGUGUUGGAGCACCUUC